GCGCAUUAUUUAAAGUGCUGAUGGAUUUCAAAAUCAAGUAACUCUUGGACGAUCAUUUAUUUCCCAGUGAAUACCAGAUGACAGAAGCGAAAGCGCCGGCUCAUCAGGUCACUGGGGUAGGAUCCUUGUUGGGAAGUUUAAAUCUAAGUUGCAUUGUGGGCAGUUUCUCCGAAAAGACACACUUGGUUAGACAGGAUGGGCGAGGUUGCUGCAGACUGAAGCUUUUCCUCUGCUCACACAGUUCGAUGCUGUUUCAGGCAGCAGACAUCAGGGUUGGUUAAAGAUAAAAGUUCUGAUCUUUCUCUGGGAAGGAACUUGACCACAGCUAGCCCCCAGGAUCGGCGUUAAUAGGGGGACUGAGCAGGCACCAGCUGACAGAAUGCACGGAGCUGUAGCGCUACUUGCCUUCGGUGUCCUCUGGGAAGCGAUCUGGUGUCCAGAAGGGUUUAAGACCCAUUUGGAUGAAUUUCCACCUCGGAUCAUAGACCACCCAUCAGACUCGGCAGUGCCACGGAAUCAUCCGGUUACACUGCGCUGCCGGGCUGAGGGAAAGCCUGAACCUCUGAUUGAAUGGUAUCACAAUGGUGAACAUGUGCAGACUAACAGAGCUGAUACUAACCUUCAUCGCAUGCUGCUUCCUGACUGGUCGCUCUUCUUCCUUUCGCUUAACCUCCGUAAAGGUAGCUCUGAUGAGGGAGUUUAUUACUGUGUAGCACGGAACCAGCUAGGGAUUGCAGUUAGCAAAAAUGCUUCACUCUACAUUGAAGCCCUGAAGGAUGAAUUUCGUCUUGAGCCAAAUGAUGUCAUAGUAACAGUGGGAGAGCAAGUGAUGAUGGAAUGCCUCCCUCCUAAUGGGCAUCCAGACCCUGUUGUCACCUGGAAGAAGGAUGGCAUCCCUGUGACUGAAAAUGGUGGCCGCUAUGUGAUCAGUGAUACAAAGUUGCUGAUUCCCAGUGUACAGAAGAGUGAUGCUGGAGUGGUCAUCUGUGUGGCCUCCAACCAAGUAGGCCAACGUGAGAGCAGAGGUGCCCGGAUCUCAGUGCUCGAAAAACCUGUGAUAACCUUGAAGCCCAGCAGUAUGACAGUAAAACGUAACAGCACAGUGCAGUUUGACUGUGGAACAUAUGGGGACCCACUACCUGUGGUUAGCUGGCAAAGAGAAGAUGGGAAGAUGCCUCUUGGGAGGUAUGAAAUAACUUCACAGACCACCUUGCAAAUACACUUUGUCACUAAAGAUGACUCUGGGAGAUAUACCUGCACAGCAAAGAACCAGGCUGGUAUAGCAAAUGCCACUGUGACCCUUACUGUACAAGAUGAUUUAGACACAGGACAGAGACAACAUCAGAAACAGCAGGAAACCUUGUCAGACAUGCAGAUAUUGCUUGAGAAUGUGACAGCUCUCUCAUCAUCUUCCGCUGCCUAUCUUCGUUGGAAGGUGAUAUCUAUCUCUUCAGGAGUAGAAGGAUAUAUUGUCUUCUACCGUUCUAUACUCCCUGCUGGCGUGGACUGGAUGGAGUGGAUACAUCCCAAGGCUAGUGAAUACAGUACUGUGGUUCCCACUCUCAAGAGAGGAUACAAGUAUGAAUUUAAGGUGAGGCCCUACAUGGGUCAAACCUAUGGACCUGAGAGCAAUCUCCAACACUUACAGAUCCCUGAAGAAGUGCCUAGUGCUGCCCCCCAGAGUGUUAACGUGGCAGUUGCAGAGAAUGGAAAUGGUACCGUUGUUAUCAGCUGGGAGGCUCCACCACACGAUUCCCACAAUGGCAUUAUCAAGGGUUAUAAGGUGUGGUGUGUGACAAACUCAACUCAGUACAGUGCCAACUGGACCAUUGAUGGAGGAACUCACCAUGUGAAGAUCUCUACACUAGCAUCAGGAAUUCAAUACAUCGUUCAAGUGGCAGCCUUUAACGGAGCUGGGGUCGGAGUUCGUAGCCUCCCUAAAGAACUUUACAUAAAACCUCAUGUUGAUUUGCCAGUAUUUGCCAGCCCUCCCCAAGUGCAUAUUGUGGAGCAGUUGUUAGAAGUUGUGCAACAGCCUGUGUUCAUUGCCAGUGUUGGCAUGCUACUUUGGAUUGUACUGAUGAUAUCUGCUGUUGCUGUGUGUCAACAUCAUUCUAAACAGUCAGAUGUGAAGAGGAAGCGAAGCUUGAGAGAUGAGCUGUUCAGAAUUGCCAGUGAAGACAUGAUCAUAAAACACAGGAUGAAUAUAGAGGAAUCACCAUGGCUGUCCAAUUCCUGGAACUCAAGCUCAUUUUCUAAACAUCUCAGAGGCAGCUUGAGCAGCAGUAGUACCCAACCUCUUUGGGCCAACACCAAGGAGAAUCCAGGCUUUCAAAAGUCCACACUAUCAUUUGACAGGAAGAGACAAUGUUUCCAAGGUCAGAGUAUUCCUGUAGUCCCAGAUGCCUCCCUUUAUGGGACACUUUACGUUGACCUACCAGGAAGGACUAUGAAGACCUUUGGCAACCAUCGGGCUGCUACAACUCUCACAGAAGACUCCAAGUUGUCAGUUCCCCUGGGCUACCCUGAUCCUAGUCCCAUGUUGUCAUCAAAAAGUAGCAACGUGAACACUGUCAUAUGUUCUGAUGAUGAAGACCAGAUUCCAUGGAAAGCAAAGUCUUCUGGACAGAUAACUUCAACUGACCUCUGGGAUCAGAUUGGCAAAAAAGUGUUACAGCCUAUGCACAGUGUCCCAUUACAGUCUGGGGGCUCACAUUUUCACCGUACUGGCAGCAUUCUUGGUGUGAGGGCUUUGGGAGCAUACCAGAACAGAGGCGAGCAUGGAGCAUACCAGAAGACAGGAAAUAACUUCCCAGGAAUGAAAACAAGCAGCUCUCCAAAGGCUGUGCAUUACAGCACUUCACUGAAACUUAUCGAUGUCCCACUUCCUCCCCCUCCCCCUCCCCCUCUGAUGGAAGAGGAAGAUACCCAGAGCGUUGGAACACCAGAAGGCUCAACAAAAUCCACAAAACUCACAGCUGACUCUGGACCAGCUGACGUCGACAUCAGUAGUCCAAAUGUGAAGCCAGCUGAUAAGGAGGAACCUUCAUAUCCCACUCUCACAUAUAGCCGUCUGUCCACAGCAUCACUGUCCCUGUCCAUGAAUGAAGAUUGUAUGAAUGUAAUGAGCUCAGAUGAAGUAGCAAAGUACCUGGAAUUGAGUGAUGAUGAAGAUGGCAAUCAAGAAAGCAGUCUGAGGCAUUUGAAUGGCAGCAAGAGUUCAUCUCCCAGUAGGCAGUUCUCACCUCCUCACACCUAUGGAUACAUCUGCGGUCCUAUGCCCUCUGAUCUUGAAACAGACCCAGCAGUAGAGGAUGAUGACCUUGAAAUGGAAGAGCAUUACAUCAGCUCACGACAUUUUUUCAGAAAAUAUUGCCAAACACCAACCUCCAGUCUUAGUGAGUGUGACAGCUCCUUGGCUAAUGGCUGGGGAUCUGUUUCUGAGGAUAACGUCACCAGUGCCCGCUCUAGCAUGGUGAGCUCUUCUGAUGGGUCAUUUCUGAUGGAUGCCCACUUUGCUCAGGCCCUCGCAGUGGCUGUAGACAGUUUCUGUUUUGGACUUACUCAGGUGGAUUCAGAGAAAACAUACACAGGAAGUGAAAUAAACUGGAGGGCUGAGUUUCCAUCCAGGGAAGCAUCAGACUUCUCUUCUGUAACAUCACCACUGGCUACAAUCUGCAAAUCUCCAGAGUACCAAGAAAGACCUAGAAAAAACACGAAGAAAGAGCAAAAGCAUCCACUUCCUGUCCUGGAGUGGACUGCUGAUUGGUUAGAGCAAAUGGAGGCACGAUAUGCCCAGCAAAAGAAUGCAAAGGCCAGUGUUCAGAUACAUUCUAACAAAGACAAUGAGGGACAGUUGAACAAGUGGACACAACAGCACUUUCAUCAGAUGUCCCAGGAUCGACGCAACUUUCAAACAAUCUGUCACUCUGAGCUGGAACUCAAUUCAAACCAACAGCCUUUUACUGCUGAAGAAGAAAUAAACUUUACUGUGAGAAAAGAAGUGGAGAGAAGCAGAAGUAGAAACCCCCCAGUAAAUACUUCACGACUCACUGUGGUCAAGGUUUAGAAGAGAAGACAAUAUUUUGAUUAAAAAUGUUAAUUAUCUCUCCAAAAUA